ACAGCCCGGGUUGGCGGCCCGGCUCGUGGUUCCCUCCGGGAGGCCCUGGUGGCUGGCGGCGGGAGCUGGACGCCGGCCCUCAGAGGAACGCGCCGCGCUUCCCUCUAGGUCCCUCUGGAGCCGCGGGUUGCGGAAGUGACGUGGGGGACGGGCAGGAGCGCAUUUGAAUCGGUUCCCGGGUGAUCCUCGCGGCCGCCGCCGUCGUCGUCGCCGUCGCCGAGCGGGGGGCUGUAGGGCGCCGGGCCGAGGCCUCGAGCCGCCCCCUGGGGCUGGUUCUGAAGGCGCGCCGCGCGGGGAGCCCGCAACUCGAGCGAGGAGGCGGCCCGUGGGCGAGGCCGCCGUCCUUUCUCCUUUUUCCCCAAUAUGGCAGCGGCGGGCGAUGGCGGGUCUGGCGGGCCCUCGGUGGGGACUGGGGAGGACGGCAGGGGCGACGGCCGCAGGACCGUGUACUUGUUUGACCGGCGCGAGAAGGAGUCGGAGCUCGGGGAUCGGGCGCUGCAGAUCGGAGAGCGCUCGGACUACGCGGGCUUCCGCGCCUCGGUGUGCCAGACACUUGGCAUUUCACCUGAAGAGAAAUUUGUUAUCACAACAACAAGUCGGAAAGAAAUUACCAGUGAUAAUUUUGAUGAAACUGUUAAAGAUGGAGUCACUCUGUACUUGCUGCAUUCUGUGAAUCAGCUACUGCUAACUGCUACAAAGGAAAGAAUUGACUUCCUACCUCACUAUGAUACACUGGUUAAAAGUGGCAUGUAUGAAUAUUAUGCAAGUGAAGGACAGAAUCCUUUGCCAUUUGCUCUUGCGGAAUUGAUUGACAAUUCAUUGUCUGCUACUGCUCGUAACGUUGGUGUUAGAAACAUACAGAUCAAAUUGCUUUUUGAUGAAACGCAAGGAAAACCUGCUGUUGCAGUGAUAGAUAAUGGAAGAGGAAUGACCUCUAAACAGCUUAACAACUGGGCCGUGUAUAGGUUAUCAAAAUUUACAAGGCAAGGUGACUUUGAAAGUGACCAUUCAGGAUACGUUCGUCCAGUGCCAGUACCACGCAGUUUAAACAGUGAUAUUUCCUAUUUUGGAGUUGGGGGAAAGCAGGCUGUUUUCUUUGUUGGACAGUCAGCCAGAAUGAUAAGCAAGCCUGCAGAUUCACAAGAUGUUCAUGAGCUUGUGCUUUCAAAAGAAGAUUUUGAGAAGAAAGAAAAAAAUAAAGAGGCAAUAUAUAGUGGAUAUAUUAGAAACAGAAAGCCAUCUGAUUCUAUUCACAUUACAAAUGAUGAUGAAAGAUUUCUGCAUAAUCUUAUCAUUGACGAAAAGGAAAAAGAUAGCUUUACUGCUGUGGUUAUCACAGGGGUACAGCCAGAACACAUACAAUACUUGAAAAAUUAUUUCCAUCUUUGGACUCGACAGUUAGCGCAUAUUUAUCAUUACUAUAUUCAUGGUCCCAAAGGUAAUGAAGUACGUACAUCAAAAGAAGUUGGACCUUUCAGCAACAUUGAUAUUGAAAUUUCUAUGUUUGAGAAAGGGAAGACUCCUAAGAUUGUCAACCUAAGGGAAAUACAAGAUGAUAUGCAGACGUUGUAUAUAAGCAAAGCAGCUGAUAGUUUUGAAUUCAAGGCUCACGUUGAAGGAGAUGGUGUAGUGGAGGGGAUUAUUCGAUAUCAUCCAUUCUUAUAUGAUAAAGAAACUUACCCUGAUGACCCGUGUUUUCCAUCAAAAUUAAAAGAUGAAGAUGAUGAUGAUGAUUGUUUUAUGCUUGAGAAAGCAGCAAGAGGGAAAAGACCUAUUUUUGAAUGUUUUUGGAAUGGACGAUUAAUACCAUAUACAUCAGUAGAAGACUUUGACUGGUGUGCCCCUCCUAAGAAGAGAGGGCUUGCACCAAUUGAAUGCUACAAUAGAAUAUCUGGUGCACUAUUCACUAAUGACAAAUUCCAGGUCAGCACAAAUAAACUAACUUUCAUGGAUCUUGAGCUGAAACUGAAAGAUAAGAACACCCUUUUUACAAGGAUUUUGAAUGGACAGGAGCAGCGAAUGAAAAUUGACAGAGAAUUUGCUUUGUGGUUGAAGGACUGUCAUGAGAAGUAUGACAAACAGAUAAAAUUUACACUUUUUAAAGGAAUAAUUACACGUCCUGAUCUUCCUUCUAAAAAGCAAGGCCCCUGGGCAACAUACUCUGCAAUAGAGUGGGAUGGAAAAAUAUACAAAGCAGGACAGCUGGUCAAGACAAUCAAGACACUCCCCCUCUUUUAUGGAAGCAUAGUAAGAUUUUUUCUUUAUGGUGAUCAUGACGGAGAAGUAUAUGCUACCGGUGGAGAAGUUCAAAUCGCAAUGGAACCUCAGGCAUUGUAUGAUGAAGUAAGAACUGUGCCAAUUGCGAAGCUGGAUAGGACAGUUGCUGAAAAAAGUGUUAAAAAGUGUGUAGAAGAUGAAAUGGCAAGGCUUCCUGAUAGAUUGUCAAUAACUUGGCCUGAAGGUGAUGAAUUGUUGCCUAAUGAAAUUAGACCUGCUGGCACCCCCAUUGGUGCAUUAAGGAUUGAAAUACUAAAUAAAAAAGGGGAAGCAAUGCAGAAACUUCCAGGAACAAGUCAUGGAGGGUCUAAGAAACUACUGGUGGAACUUAAAGUUAUACUACAUACUUCUAGUGGAAGUAAGGAAAUCAUUUCGCAUAUAAGUCAACAUGGAGGAAAAUGGCCUUACUGGUUUAAAAAAAUGGAAAAUAUUCAAAAGCUGGGGAAUUAUACAUUGAAAUUACAAGUUGUAUUGAAUGAGAGUAAUGCAGAUACUUAUGCAGGAAGACCACUACCAUCUAAAGUAAUUAAAUUUUCUGUGAAAGAGGGUAAGCCAGAGAAGUUCUCCUUUGGUCCUCUGGAUCAUCCUUUACGUGUUGGAGUUCCAUUCAAUAUCCCUCUGGAAUUUCAGGAUGAAUUUGGUCAUACCAGUCAACUAGUAAAUGAUAUUCAGCCAGUUCUUGAAGCAAGUGGUUUAUCUUUACAUUAUGAAGAAAUAACCAAAGGACCAAAUUGUGUGAUACGAGGUGUCACAGCUAAGGGACUUGUAAACUCUUGUCAAGGCAAGAAUUUUAAUCUGAAGGUUAUCUUGCCUGGAUUGAAAGAAGAUUCACAGAUUUUGAAGAUAAGGUUACUACCUGGCCCUCCUCAUCAUUUGAAAGUGAAACCUGAUUCUGAAAUUUUAGUUAUAGAAAAUGGAACAGCAUUCCCAUUUCAGGUGGAGGUUUUAGAUGAGUCAGAAAAUGUAACAGUGCAACCUAAGCUGAUUGUUCAUUGUAAGUUUUUAGGUGCUCCAAGCCUUCCAGUGUACAGUGUUGAUUGCAGUAGUUCUGGAACCAGCAUUUUAACAGGAUCUGCUAUUCAAGUUCAGAAUAUUAAAAAAGACCAGAUACUUAAAGCAAGAAUUGAAAUACCUAGUUGUAAAGAUGUCACACCUGUGGAGAAGACAAUCAAGCUCCUGCCCAGUAGCCAUGUGUCCAGAUUACAGAUAUUCAGCAUGGAAGGCCGGAAGGCCACCCAGAUCAAACAUCAGGGUGAAGUGAACUGGACAGCAGGUGACGUCAUGCGCAAUCUGAUUUUUCAAAUGUAUGAUGAAGGAGAAAGGGAAAUUAAUAUAACAUCAGCUUUAGCAGAAAAAAUCAAAGUUAACUGGACUCCUGAGAUUAACAAAGAACACUUGCUACGAGGUCUGCUUCCUGAUGUGCAGGUGCCAACCUCUGUAAAAGACAUGCGCUAUUGCCAGGUUUCAUUUCAAGAUGAUCAUGUGUCUCUGGAAAGUGCAUUUACAGUAAGACCACUCCCUGAUGAACCUAAACAUUUAAAAUGUGAAUUGAAAGGAGGAAGAACAGUACAGAUGGGUCAGGAGCUUCAAGGAGAAAUUGUUAUAAUAAUUACAGAUCAGUAUGGAAAUCAAAUUCCAUCAUUUUCAGAAGAUUCUCUAUCUGCUUUGUCAAUUGCUGGAGUUGGACUUGAUAGUUCAAAUUUGAAAACUACUUUUCAGGAAAACACACGAAGUAUAUGUGUACGGGGUGUCAGAUUCACUCCAGGUCCUCCUGGAAACAAGGAUCUUUGUUUUACUUGGCGUGAAUUUUCUGACUUUAUUCGAGUACAGCUCAUUUCUGGGCCUCCAGCUAAACUUAUCCUUACUGACUGGCCAGAAGUAAAGGAGUCUAUUCCUGUGAUUAAUGGAAGAGAAUUACAGUUCCCCCUUACUGUUCAACUUUGUGACCAGUGGGAUAAUCCAGCCCUGGUGCCACAGGUUAAAAUAAGUCUCAUAAAACCUAACAGUUUAAAGCUCAUUCCUUCGAACCAGCAGCAUAAGACAGAUGAGAAGGGCAGGGCUAAUUUGGGCGUGUUCACUGUUUUUGCUCCUCGGGGAGAGCAUACUCUGCAGAUUAAAGCCAGCUGUAACAAGAGUACCAUAGAAGGACCUGUAAUUAAGUUAAUGAUUCUUCCAGACCCUGAAAAACCAGUUCGUCUCAAUGUUAAAUAUGACAGAGAUGUUUCCUUUCUAGCAGGAGAUGUUUUUACUGAUUUCAUAAUUACUGUUAUUUCAGAAGAUGAUAGUAUUAUUAAAAAUAUUAACCCAGCACGUAUUUCCAUGAAACUGUGGAAGUUUUCAAAUGGUGGGAACCGACCACCAAUAAAUGCAGAAACAUUUAGUUGUAAUAAAAUCAAAGAUAAUGACAAGGAAGAAGGAUGCUUCUACUUCAGGGAUAAAGCAAUUCCUAACAAAGUUGGAACAUACUGUAUCCAGUUUGGCUUCACAAUGGAUAAAGCAAACAUUCUCAACAGUGAACAGGUUAUUAUUGAAGUUCUGCCCAAUCAGCCUGUGAAGUUAGUUCCUGAAAUUCAACCAGCUACACCAACUGUUUCUAAUGUUCGCUCAGUUUCCAAUAGGACAUUGGUCAAAGAAUUACAUCUCAAUAUCGUGGAUGAAUACAGCAAUCAUACUGGAAUUAACUUGGCUGGUACUAUAGUAGCUACCAUUCAAGGUUCUGAUGAGAAUGAUAUUGAUACUCCACUAUUUAUUGGAAAAGUUAGAACACUUGAAUUUCCACUUAUGAAUGGUUCAGCCAAAAUUACAAAUCUAAUGCUAUCAGAAAAUUGCCCUGGAAAAGAUAGCACUGAGUAUUUUAUUGUGUUUGAGCCUCGACUAUCAUCUCUGUCAAGAACUUUAAAACCAUAUAUCCUACCAUUCAUGUUUUGCAAUGACGUUAAGAAGCAGCAACAAAUGGCCGCACUUACAAAAGAAAAGGACCAAUUAUCUAAGUCUAUUACUGUGUAUAGAAGUUUAUUUGAUGCCGGCAAACAGCUUCUCGAUGAAAUGAAAUGCCAAGUGGAAGAAGCAAAAUUAAAAGAGACUCAAUUGCGAAACGAACUAAAAAAUCACAAUAUUGAAAUUCCUACAGCACAGCAGGUACCACACAUUGAAGCACUUUUGAAAAAAAAGAUGUCAGAACAGGAAGAACUAGCUAAAAGGCCUAGAAGAUCAUGUACUCUCCCGAACUAUACCAAAGGCAAUAGAGAUGUUUUGGGAAAGAUUGCACAUCUAGCACAGAUUGAAGAUGACAGAGCUGCAAUGGUUAUUUCCUGGCAUCUGGCAAGUGACAUGGACUGUGUAGUUACCCUAACCACUGAUGCUGCCCGUCGGAUCUAUGAUGAAACUCAAGGUCGACAGCAGGUGUUGCCCCUUGAUUCUAUUUAUAAGAAGAAUAUUCCAGAUUGGAAAAGACCUCUACCUCAUUUCCGAAAUGGAAAGUUGUAUUUUAAGCCCGUUGGAAAUCCCGUCUUUGCCCGAGAUCUGUUAACUUUUCCAGAUAAUGUAGAACAUUGUGAAACAGUAUUUGGUAUGCUGUUAGGAGAUACCAUUAUUUUGGACAAUCUGGAUGCAGCCAAUCAUUACAGGAAAGAGGUUGUUAAAAUCACGCACUGUCCCACACUCCUGACCAGAGAUGGAGAUCGAAUUCGAAGUAAUGGAAAGUUUGGAGGCCUUCAGAAUAAAGCUCCUCCAAUGGAUAAACUUCGGGGAAUGGUAUUUGGAGCUCCAGUACCAAAGCAGUGCCUAGUCUUAGGGGAACAAAUAGAGCUGCUUCAGCAGUAUCGUUCUGCUGUGCGCAAGCUGGGCAGUGUGAACGAGGAACUGAAUGAUCAGCUGAAAUACCUUCAUACUCCUGAUAUGAAGAAGAAAAAGCAAGAACUGGAUGAACAAGAGAAAAACCUGAAACUGAUUGAGGAAAAGCUAGGUAUAACUCCCACACGAAAAUGUAACGAUUUAUUACAGCCCCCAACAAAGGUUGAGAUGACAGAGUGUCCCAUUCCUGCUAAAAGAAUGAGAAGAGAAUCUACGAGACAAAAUAGGAUUAUAACCAAAACAGAUGUGUGAGAGGUGACAGAGAGAGCCGUUGGUCUCACUAAGAAUCCCCUGCUUUCUGCAUCUCUGUUUCAGAAGACCAAGAGGUGACUUACGAAACUGAGUAUUUCUGGGGACAGUACGAGUAUUUGCAUGAAUUUCCAUAUAUAUCCAGAUGGGACUGGAAGCAGCUAUUCAAUUCUGUGAAUCUCACUGGACAAUAUGGAUUUACCGGAUUAUUCCAGUCUUCAUACCCUUUGGUUGUCAGUGUCUGGAAAAUGUGUCAAAGGAAAAUAUGAUAAAAUGGCAGAUCGGAUUUAUUAAUCCUAAAGGAAAAAAAUAUAUAUAUAUACACUAUUUUUUAGUAUAAUUAUGCAUAUGUUAGAACUAUUUCUUCAAAACCACCUUUUUAUUACUUUUGUGUGAAUGUAUUUAACAAGAUGUUUUGUCUUUUGUGUAAGGAAGCUCCUAGUGGCUGGAUAUUUAAUUGUAAAUAUAUGAGGAAACUCUGGAGAAUUCAGGAUUAAAAAUAGACAAAGCACAGGUAUAAAGGAAUUCGAACAUUAAACUAUAUUCAAAAAAUAUUAAAUUGAUUAGUGAACUUGUGACCAAAGUAGCAUUUCAAAUUUCUAAAAGAUAUAUCCUGUGUGUAUGUAUAUAUAUAAAUACGCAGCAGCAACAAUUUUUAUAAGUAUUGUCUGACUUUAUUAAUACUAGAUUAUAUAGUCUCAGCCUUAAUUCUACAUUUACAUUCUUUUGUAAUUUUUUAUUACUAUUUUUAAGGGAUUAAAGAAAGCAUACUCUGAUAUUAACGCAAUAACAAUCUGGUCGAAAGUUGCUGCAAGACUCUGCAUUGUGUAUUGAAGCUAAUGUGUGUCAGUACUGGCGUUUGUGUAAGUCCAAGAUUGUUGGUCUGUGAAGUUAUUUUGUAAGAAAAUACUUUUAGUACAAUUUUGUGUCCCAGGAAGUGUGUGUGUUUUUUAAUCCUUUCUGAAUAUGCAGUGAGGUUAAUAAACAGGCUGGUUUUCUUC